AUGGCCUCCUCCUCCUCCUCCUCCUCCUCCUCCUCGCAGCUGGCGGCGGUGGUGGCACUGGCGCUGCUGGUCGGCGGCGCGUGGUGCGCGCCCAACGUUCCCCCAGGCCCCAACAUCACGACCACCAUCGACAGCAAGUGGCUGGAAGCCAAGGGGACGUGGUACGGCUCCAAUCCCGCGGGCUUUGCCCCUGACGACAAAGGUGGUGCGUGCGGCUACAAGGACGUGGACAAGCCUCCCUUCAGCGGCAUGACAUCGUGCGGCAACGAGCCCAUCUUCAAGGACGGCCUCGGCUGCGGCUCCUGCUUCGAGAUCAAGUGUGACAAGCCCGCCGAGUGCUCCGGCGAGCCGGUCGUCGUCUACAUCACCGACAUGAACUACGAGCACAUCGCCAGAUACCACUUCGACCUGGCCGGCAAGGCCUUCGGCGCCAUGGCCAAGAAGGGCCAGGAGGAGAAGCUGCGCAAGGCGGGAGAGAUCGACAUGCAGUUCCGCCGCGUCAAGUGCGAGUACCCGGCGGGCACCAAGAUCGCCUUCCACGUCGAGAAAGGCUCCAACCCCAACUACCUGGCGCUGCUCGUCAAGAACGUCGCCGGCGAUGGCAACAUCGUUGAGGUGGACGUCAAGGAGAAGGGCUCCAAUGAGUUCCUGCCCAUGAAGCACUCGUGGGGCACCAUCUGGAGGCUCGACACCCCCAAGCCGCUCAAGGGCCCCUUGUCCAUCCGCCUCACCGCCGAGGGAGGCGGCAAGCUCGUUGAGGACGACGUCAUCCCCGCCGACUGGAAGGCAGAUACCGCCUACAACUCCAAACUCCAGUUCGGGGGCUAAACUGGACGGGCAUCGGCCCUAUUCUUCCAUCCCUUCCGCUCCAUACAGAUAUAUAGGCAUCUUGCCUACCAUUGAUUGAUUUUGCCUAGCUACUACAUCUCCAUCUCCGUCUCCAGACAGAUAUAUAGAGAGAGAAUAAGUGUCCGAGAGAUUUGUAAGGUGUGCAUAAAUUAAAGGGGAGGACAAAU